CAGAAUGGAAGUUUGGGGAGGAUGGAAGAUUGUUUGGCUAGAUCAAGAGCCGCCAUUCGUGAAGCAGUGAGAACCCAGAAGUGUUCUUCUUGCAAGGAGAAGACUUUCGUUCCAAGAGGCGCCAUCUACAGAAAUUCUUACGCUUUUCAUCAGAGUUAUAUUGAGAUGGAGAAGAGAUUCAGGGUGUGGGUUUACAAGGAAGGGGAGCCACCGUUAGUACACAUCGGCCCUGUAAUUGACAUCUACGGCAUCGAAGGUCAGUUCAUCGAUGAAAUGGAGAGCGGCAAGAGCCACUUCCUCGCUCGCAAUCCUGACGAAGCUAACGUAUUCUUCAUCCCCAUCAGCAUCACCAAUAUCAUCAGCUACGUUUACAAUCCUCUCGUCACCUUCUCUCGCGCGCAGCUUCAAAACAUCGUCACUGAUUACAUCGGCGUCAUCUCCGAUAAAUACCCUUUCUGGAAUAGAAGCAACGGAGCAGACCAUUUCUUGAUCUCUUGCCAUGAUUGGGCACCAGAUGUCUCUAAAGCCAAUCCCGAGCUUUACAAGAAUUUCAUUCACGUCCUUUGUAAUGCAAAUUAUUCAGAAAUGUACCAGCCUCAAAGAGACAUCUCCAUGCCAGAAAUCAAAAUCCCACCAGGCAAACUACUCGGCACUUCCCCUCGUGACGGCCAACCUCCAAGCAAGCGUACAAUCCUCGCCUUCUUCGCCGGAGGAUCCCAUGGUUACAUUAGAAAAGUCCUCUUAAAUCACUGGAAAGACAAAGACGACGAGAUUCAAGUUCACGAAUACCUCGACAAGAAAAAAAACUACUUUAAACUAAUGGGUCGAAGCAAGUUCUGUCUGUGUCCAAGUGGGUACGAAGUAGCAAGUCCUAGAGUUGUAACAGCAAUUCAACUAGGAUGUGUCCCAGUGAUAAUGUCUGAAAACUAUACGCUGCCGUUUAGUGAUGUGCUUGACUGGAGCAAGUUCACAGUUCGGAUUCCAUUGGAGAAGAUAGCUGAAAUCAAGACAAUUUUGAAAAGGAUCUCGCAGAGAAGGUAUCUUCAAUUGCAGAGAAGAGUGAUGCUGGUUCGCAAGCAUUUUGUGGUGAAUAGACCUGCGCAGCCAUAUGACAUGAUUGAUAUGGUGCUCCACUCUCUGUGGUUAAGGAGGCUUAAUUUGAGACUUCCAUAUUAA